CGCGCAGCAUCCGAAUGGAUCGAUAAGGGUUGAGAGAUUAUAUCUGAGAUUUGAAGCCAUUUAGCUUGUGACUGCCUUAAAAGAAUGACAUAAUUCGUAAAUAUUUAUAUCAGUGUGAAUUAAUUCAUUUAACCACACCCAAAAUGAUUUUACAUUUUUUAUUAUCUUGAAGAAAUCAUCAUUUUUAUGGUAUUUUUCUAAACACAACUCAUGAUUACAUGAUGAAUAUCAUCAUGAAUCAAUUAAGAAAGCUAAUAUGCUUCUUCUUCAUCUUCUUAAUUACCCCAAAAUCAUCAGAUGCUAUUGCUGAUAAUCCCAUUACUUACAAAAUUGGUGGCGUUCUGUCUAAUAAUGUUAGUCAGGAGCACUUCAAACAAACUAUUGAGAGAUUAAACUUCGAUCUCCAAUAUGUAAACCGUGGAGUUGUAUAUUAUUAUACAGUUAUUGGAAUGGAUUCCAAUCCCAUUCGAACAGCUCUAAGUGUCUGUAAAUCUCUUAUUGCUGAUGGAGUUUACGCCGUUGUUGUAUCUCAUCCUUUGACUGGUGAUUUAUCUCCAGCUGCAGUCUCUUAUACUAGUGGAUUUUAUCAUAUUCCAGUUAUUGGUAUUUCUUCGAGAGAUUCUGCAUUUUCUGAUAAGAACAUUCAUGUAUCUUUUCUAAGGACAGUUCCACCAUACUCUCAUCAAGCAGAUGUCUGGGUAGAGCUUUUAAAGCAUUUCAGUUAUAUGAAGGUGAUCUUCAUUCACAGUUCAGACACAGAUGGUCGGGCGCUUCUCGGACGAUUUCAAACAACAUCCCAGAGCCUUGAGGACGACGUGGAGAUCAAAGUACAUGUGGAGUCUGUUAUUGAAUUUGAGCCAGGCCUUCAAACUUUCCACAAUCAACUAUUGGAAAUGAAGAGCGCUCAGGCUAGAGUAUGUCUGAUGUAUGCCAGCCAAAAAGAUGCAGAAGUGAUCUUUCGAGAUGCAGCAACCUUGAACAUGACUGGUGCUGGUUACGCUUGGAUUGUUACUGAGCAAGCAUUGGAUGCUCCAAAUGUACCUGAAGGACUUCUGGGUUUAAAACUUAUCAAUUCUACAGAUGAGAAAGCUCAUAUAACUGAUAGUUUGUAUGUUCUUGUUUCUGCUUUACGUGAAAUGAACGAAACCAAAGUAAUAACUCAUGCUCCAAAAGAUUGUGACAACUCGGGAUCAAUUUGGGAAACUGGAAAAGAAUUAUUUGGAUUUAUUAAAAAGCAAGUUUUAGUAAAAGGAGCAACUGGAAGAGUUGCUUUUGAUGAUAAUGGUGAUAGAAUAUUUGCAGAGUAUGACAUCAUCAAUAUUAGAGAAGAUGGAAAAAAAGUAUCAGUUGGGCAAUAUGUCUAUUCACGUGAAACACAAAAAAUGAAAUUAAAAGUAAAUGAAUCAGAAGUAAUAUGGCCAGGUCGAACUCAAACUAAACCUGUAGGAUUCAUGAUUCCAACUCACUUAAAAGUAUUGACAAUUGAAGAGAAACCUUUCGUUUACGUUCGUUCUACAGAAGAUGAAUGUGCUCAAGAUGAAAUACCUUGUCCUCACUUCAAUGCUACCGAUAACAACAUCACUCGGAAGUAUUGUUGCAAAGGCUACUGCAUCGAUUUACUCAAGCAGCUCUCGAAGAAUAUUAAUUUUACUUACAGUCUAGCUCUUUCUCCUGAUGGUCAAUUCGGCAGUUAUGUGACAAAAGAUACUGGAGGAAAAAAAGAAUGGACUGGUUUGAUUGGUGAAUUAGUAAAUGAAAGAGCUGAUAUGAUUGUUGCUCCUUUGACAAUAAAUCCUGAACGAGCUGAAUUUAUUGAAUUUAGUAAACCUUUUAAAUAUCAGGGUAUAACUAUCCUAGAAAAAAAGCCAUCUAGAUCAUCAACGUUGGUGUCUUUCCUUCAACCUUUCAGCAACACUCUUUGGAUCCUGGUGAUGGUGUCGGUGCACGUGGUGGCGCUUGUCCUGUACCUCCUCGACCGGUUUUCACCUUUCGGGAGGUUCAAGCUGGCUAACACUGACGGUACCGAAGAGGAUGCUCUGAAUCUUUCCAGCGCCGUCUGGUUCGCCUGGGGUGUGCUGCUGAAUAGCGGAAUUGGAGAAGGCACUCCAAGAAGUUUUUCGGCUCGAGUAUUAGGCAUGGUUUGGGCCGGUUUUGCUAUGAUCAUUGUUGCUUCUUACACUGCCAAUUUAGCUGCUUUUCUCGUGUUAGAAAGACCAAAAACUAAAUUAACUGGCAUUAAUGAUGCACGACUGAGAAACACUAUGGAAAAUCUAACCUGUGCCACUGUAAAAGGAUCUGCAGUAGACAUGUACUUCAGAAGACAAGUAGAAUUAUCAAAUAUGUAUCGUACAAUGGAAGCAAAUAAUUAUGAUACUGUAGAAGAAGCAAUACGAGAUGUUAAAAUUGGCAAACUCAUGGCUUUUAUCUGGGAUAGUUCUCGAUUGGAAUUUGAAGCUGCCAAGGAUUGUGAAUUAGUUACUGCCGGAGAGUUAUUUGGACGGUCUGGAUAUGGAAUAGGUUUACAAAAAGGAUCUCCAUGGGCUGAUGCUGUUACUUUGGCUAUUUUGGAUUUUCAUGAAAUUGGAUUUAUGGAAGAUUUAGAUAAACAUUGGAUAUUUCAAAGAGAUGUUCAACAAUGUGAACAAUUUGAAAAAACUCCAAAUACAUUAGGCUUAGAAAAUAUGGCUGGAGUAUUUAUUCUUGUGGCAAUUGGUAUAGUUGGAGGAGUUGGUUUAAUAAUAAUAGAAAUGGCUUAUAAAAAGCAUCAAAUAAAAAAACAGAAGAAGUUGGAAUUGGUAAGACAUGCUGCUGAAAAGUGGCGUAAUUUAACAGAAAAACGCAGAACUUUGCGUGCUACAAUGCCAUCCCAGCGGAGAAUUCAAAGCAAUGGUUUGAAUGAUCCAGCAACAGUCAGUUUAACUGUUGAUUCAAUGACACGAUCAAGUCUACCACCACGAAGCCCAGGAAGAGCUUGGCCAGGAGACAGUGAUAUUCGACAACGUGCAAUGAGUCGGGGAGAAGACAUGAGAUUAUCACCUGCAGCAUAUUCAGUUGAUGUUUCCCAUCUGGUUGUUUAAAAUAUAUAUUAAUUGACUAAAGAAUAAAAUUAAAAAAAACCUUUGUAAAAUGCUUGUGCUGAGAAAUAUUUAUGGUGCUCUUAGAGUAAAUGUUGUAAUGUUGUUAUCAUUUUUGUUACAAUUGAAAGUAUUAUAGGAGAUUACAACUAAAACAAAAAGUAAGAGAUAUGUUAUGUAUCUUACAUUCUAGUGGAGUAAAUAAAAAUUAUGGUGGAUAAUGGAUAAGUUAAAU